AAAGAUACCAAGAAAAUGUAUGCAAUGAAGUACAUGAACAAACAAAAAUGUGUGGAACGGAAUGAAGUGCGAAAUGUCUUCAAAGAGUUACAGAUCAUGCAGGGGCUGGAACAUCCUUUCCUUGUGAACUUGUGGUACUCAUUCCAGGAUGAAGAAGACAUGUUUAUGGUGGUGGAUCUGCUUCUUGGAGGAGAUUUACGUUACCACCUGCAGCAAAAUGUCCGUUUUGAAGAGGAGACUGUGAAACUAUUCAUCUGUGAGCUAGCCCUGGCACUUGAUUAUCUCCAAAGCAGGAACAUCAUCCACAGGGACAUAAAGCCUGAUAACAUCUUGAUGGAUGAGCAGGGGCAUGUUCAUGUAACAGAUUUCAAUAUUGCUACAGUGCUAACUAAAGAUACACAGAUUACCAACAUUGCUGGCACGAAACCAUAUAUGGCACCCGAGAUGUUUACUGCUACAAAAACUGAAGGCUAUUCCUAUGCUGUUGAUUGGUGGUCAUUAGGAAUUACAGCCUAUGAACUCCUCAGAGGCCGGAGACCAUACCACAUUCGCUCGAGUAAUUCUGCCAAUGAAAUUUUGCAUGUGUAUAAGACGGCCACCAUCAUGUAUCCUGCUGCUUGGUCACAGGAUAUGAUCUCAUUGAUUAAAAAGUUAGUGGAAAUAAAUUCAGAGGAAAGAUUUUUUCAACUGAGUCAUAUCCAGGAGUUUCCUUACUUGGCUGAUAUCAAUUGGGAUGCUGUUUUACAGAAGACAGUAUUGCCUGGAUUUCUUCCUAAUAAAGGGAAGUUAAACUGUGACCCAACUUUUGAACUUGAGGAAAUGAUCCUGGAGUCCAAGCCACUUCAUAAAAAGAAGAAGCGCUUGGCUAAGAAGGAGAAGGAAAGCAACAAAAAUGAAUCCUCAGAGGCCUGCCAGCUGCAGAAAAACCUGGAGUCAAUACAAAGGGACUUCAUGAUUUUCAACAGAGAAAAGGCACGACAAGAACAUAACAAAAUGCAGGAGAACUUGACGGUGACACAAACCAAAGACAACGAGGAAGAAGAUGACCAAAAUAAUAAUCUUUAAGAUCAAUGUAGUUUUCACUCAGGUGCUGCUACCGAAAGGGCAGGCUUUUACUUUAGCUCAUGGAGCUUAGCAGAUAAAAUUGCACACUGCUUUCAAGAUAAGGCAGAUACCUUGCUAAGGAACCUUGAGGCUAGAUGCUGGGUCUCUCUUCCCACCAUAAGGACUUGUGGCCUACAAUCUUGCAGAGCUACUUAAGGCCCAGAUUGUCACCCUUUAUGCCUGCUUAUUUUUUAAGCCACUUGACCAUUAACAGGAAAGAGUAUGCUCUUUACUGUAUAAAAGGCACUCCAAAUAGGGAAAGGUUAAGUUCACUUUGUAGGUAUAAUUUUUAUUGGUAAAAUGUCAAGGUUGCUGAUAAUUGGGUUAAAUCCAGUGCCUAUGGGAAAGAGGUUUUUGCAGGUCUGCUAGAGGGGGCAGCACCACAUUUUCUUAGAAGUUUUCAAUAAAAAAAUAA